UUCUACCAGCUUGUGAACACAUUCUUUAGUUUCCUGAGGCGUAAAACAGAUUUCUUCACCGGUGGAGAAGAUGGAGUAGCAGAGAAGCUGAUCACAGAUACCUUCAACCAUCACAACAAACUAGCUCAGAAGGAACGGAAAGAGAAAAAGGCUCGUCAAGAGGCAGAGCGGCGUGAAAAGGCAGAGAGAGCUGCGAAACUUGCUAAAGAAAAGCAAGAAGCAAACGAGCCAAGGAUUAAGGAACUUACAGAUGAGGAAGCAGAAAGGCUGCAGCUGGAAAUCGACCAGAAAAAAGAGGCCCAAGGACAGGUUAACAGUGUCCCGGUGAAACCCUCGGAGGAUGAUGGUGAAUCUUCGGAUUCUAACAAACAGGGAACAGAUGACGAAGAGGAAGAUGAGAAGGAUAAAGGAAAACUUAAACCCAACUCUGGCAAUGGAGCUGACCUUCCAAAUUAUAGAUGGACACAGACUCUUUCAGAACUGGAUCUGGCCAUCCCUUUCAAGGUGAACUUCAGGUUGAAGGGGAAGGACGUGGUGGUGGAUAUUCAGAGACGGCGCCUCAAGGUUGGCCUGAAGGGGCAUUCACCUGUCAUUGAUGGAGAGCUUUUCAAUGAAGUGAAGGUGGAGGAGAGCUCCUGGCUGAUUGAAGAUGGCAAAACAGUCACCGUGCACCUGGAGAAGAUCAACAAGAUGGAAUGGUGGAACAAACUAGUCUCCACAGACCCAGAAAUCAACACCAAGAAAAUUAAUCCAGAGAACUCAAAGUUGUCAGACCUGGACAGCGAGACUCGCAGUAUGGUGGAGAAAAUGAUGUAUGAUCAACGACAAAAAUCCAUGGGCCUCCCCACAUCUGAUGAACAGAAGAAGCAAGACAUUUUGAAAAAGUUCAUGGAACAGCAUCCAGAAAUGGACUUUUCAAAGGCUAAAUUCAACUGAGCCCACCCCUUCUCCCCGCCUCUUUCAGUCAGCCUGUCAAAUGGGGCAGGAUACGCAUCGCCGGAUAUGUAGGGAUCCCUUACCUUGGGCAAGUAGCCACUUCCAGCAUCCCCACCCGAACUUGCUGUGGAGGCAGCUUCGUGAAGUCAUCCUCACUUGUCCUGUGUUGAGCAGAACACAAGGCCACAGAAUCGUCCUGCAGCAACUCUAGUCGGAGCUUGGCGACAGCCAAGCGGCAGAUAGGAGAGAAGGAGGGGUUAGAACAAAAAGGGUGUUAGGGCUACAAGAGCCAGGCUUGAGAAGUUUUGGGACAUAUUCUUAACGUACUGCGUAGCUUAAUCUCCUGGCCCUUCAGAGCUGCUAAUGCUCUCUUUGCUGUUUCAGUUUGGCAGCAGGUACUCCUGAGCUUUUAAUCCCUUCCCCUUGGCUC